GGUCCACCAUCCUAAAACACUACUCUCCUUCAAUCUCUCAACAUGCUUCUCUAGUUCUUUAACUCUUACCCCACUUUAAUCACUUUGAAUCCACACCACACCACACCACACCAACACAUAACAAUCCCUUCAAUUUAACAACAACCUCAUCUUCAUUCCCUUCAAUCACACACCCAAAAAGGUACAAUCUUUCCCCCUUUCUUUAUGCUAAAAAUGCUGCAAUCUUUCUUUAUUCCCAUCAAGAAUGUCAAAGGUAACACCUUUACAAUCAUAUGUUGUUCAUUCACUCUUAUAAUCUUGUUGGGUUUUCCUAAUUCUGUAUUAUGUGAUAAUCUUUCUAAAGAUUCAGCUUCAUUAGGCUUCCAAAUUAAAGGGUUUAGUAGUAAUAAUGAUGAUAAAGCUAACACCUUGAUGUCUGAAAAUGGGGUUUUUGAGUUUGGGUUUUUGGAAAAAGAUGGUGAAUUUGUUGUGGGUAUUAGGUAUAAUUUAGGCCCAAAAUUAGUUAACAUUCCUGUUUGGACUGUUGGUGGGGGAGUUAGGGUUUCAAUUAACUCAACAUUCACACUUUCAAUGGAUGGGAGACUAAUCUUGUUUGAAAAUUUUAAAAAUUCCAUAAUUUGGAGCACUGAUACUUCAAAUUUAAAUGUGGAAAAACUUACCCUUUUGAAUAAUGGUAAUUUGGUACUAAUGGGAAGUGAAAGUAAAGUGAUUUGGCAAAGCUUUGACCGGCCGACGAACACGUUGCUCCCCGGUCAAACCCUUAGUUACCCUCGAAACCUUAGAGCCCCGUCGACGAAAUCGGUUACUAGUUACUACACGUUUGUGGUUGAUCGUGAAGGGGUGGCGUUAAUGUGGGAAAGUAAUGUCACUUAUUGGCAAUCCCGUUUGAGUUCAUUGUCUAGUAGUGUUAAAGACGUUAGAUUUAAUCCGAACGGUGUUUUGGAAAUGUAUGAUGAAAUGGAAAAGAUUGUUUGGUCGGUUUCGAGUAAAGAUUUUGGCGAAAGUUCGGUGAGUUUGCGGCAUUUAAGAAUGGAUCAAGAUGGGAACUUGAGGAUUUAUUCAUGGGAUAAGGUUGCUCAUACUUGGAGAGUCGGUUGGCAAGCGGUGGAAGAUCAAUGCGACGUGUUUGGUUCGUGUGGGUUGUAUAGUGUUUGUGGGUAUAAUUCAACUGCACCCGUUUGCGGUUGUUUGUAUUCCGAUUCGUUAGAUCGGAGUAAUGAGUUUCCGUUAUCUGAUUCUGGUAACGGAAACUGUAAUAAAAUGGUCGAUUUAGGAAAUUGUAAAGCGCAUACGAGCAUGUUGGUUUUGAAACAAACGGUUCUUUACGGACUUUUCCCGCCUCAUGAUGUUGAUAUGAUGUUAAACGAAGAAGAUUGUAAAGAAUAUUGUUCUAAUGACACCACUUGUUACGCUUUGACUUCGAAAAACGAUGGGUCGGGUUUAUGCACGUUGAAAAGAACCGGGUUUAUAAGUGGAUCCACGUCCCCUUCGAUCCCUUCAACUUCGUUUUUGAAAGUUUGUUUAGUCCCACAAGCGGUUGCAGCAAAAGGCGCGAAUCCGAAUUCCACCCCGCAAGUCGUAUCUAUCCCGUUUCGAGGUAAUUAUCGGAAGAUUAUAAGCGCGGUCGCUUUCGUAGUUCUUGUGACGGUUUUGGUUAUCUUAGUGCUUGAAAUGUUCGUAGUUAUGUUUCUUUACCAAAAAAGGCGAAACGAUCCGAUAAAAAGAUCACUAAACGGGGCGAAAACGAAUCUUCGAAAUAGCGCGUUAAUUCGAUUAUCGUAUAAAGAGGUACACGAACUCACAUCGGGGUUUUCGAAUCAACUCGGGUUUUUCGUGUUCAAAGGUUUACUUUUCGAAGAAACGGUUGUAGUUGCAAAGGUACUUGAUGCAACGGUUUUAACCGAAAAGGAGUUUAUGAAGGCGGUUUCGAUCUUGGGCGGGACCCACCAUCGAAACUUAGUGUCUUUAAAGGGAUUUUGUUUCGAGCCGAAACAUAAGGUGUUAAUCUACGAGUGUGUCCCAAACGGGUCCGUUGAUAAAUGGUUAUUCGACAAAAACAAGAAAAACUGGGAAAAAAGAGUUGAUAUCGCGGUUGGAGUUACACGCGCACUCGCGUAUCUACAUACCGAAUGUCAAGUAUGCAUACCACACGGGAACUUGAAGCUCGAAAACGUGUUGCUCGAUGAAAAUUUAAGCCCGAAAGUGACGGAUUACGGGAUCAAGAGUUUUUUACAAAGCGAUGGCGCGUGUUCAUCUAGCGAGUCGCCAUCCGAGAGAGAUAUUUACAUGCUCGGGAAACUACUGACCGAAAUUGUGUUGUUAAGUCGAGAAGCGAUCGGAGAAAGUUUAGAUCAAGUGAUGGAUCAAGUGAUGCAAGAACAAAAGUAUUUAGAUAGUGAGGAUUUAAGAGGGGUUGAAAGAGUUGUGAGAAUUGCAUUGUGGUGUAUGCAAAAUCAAUCAUUUUUAAGACCUUCAGUUGGUGAAGUGGUGAAGGUUUUAGAAGGUACACUUUCUGUUGAUAGACCUCCUGCUAGUUUUGCUUAUAGAAAUGGUGAUGUUCAAGAGAUAACAGAUGCAGGUGGUGGAGAAAUAGAACAAGUGUCUAAAGGGUAGUUUUGUAAUUUACUUGACUUUUGUAAUAGUAGUCUGACUUUAGAUGGUAGUUUACUAGGUUUUUUUUUUUUUUUUUUUUUUUUUUUUUUUUUUUUUU